AUGUCAAGCUAUUCAAAACUGUGCCUAAGUGUCAAGGUAUUAGACAGAGUUUGUAAAAUGCCUGGCUCUGGUGUAACAGAGAUGGACAACACGAGUUUACAUAGUUUAGAUCCACGUAAACAAGAAUUAUUAGAGGCCAGGUUUCUAGGUACUGGAAGUAGGUUUCAGCCGUUAAAUAAUUCCAGUACGUCUCAACCCAUGUAUGAUAAUAGCAGUAAUCUAAGUGCUGGAUCUGUCGAUCGAGAAGACGCUGUUUCUGAAGGUCAACUAGGUACACCUGAUAAAUGCCGUACACCAACGGAGAGAAAACGUAAACGAAAGAAUGCUCAAGAUGCUGGAGAGUUCGGAAGUGCCAGUAAAACUGGACGGGCUGAAACCAAUGGGAAAAAAAUUAAUGAAUAUUUUAAGCAAACCAACCAAUCUCCUAGUCGAACUAUUAUACCUGCAUCUGGAGCGAAAUCUCCGUCUCCUCAGGCCUUGUCUCAUGGUUAUCUGGCUGCGUCUCCACAGAAUAGUUCCCAUUCCUCUCAUUCUGAAGUUUUAUCGUUUCCUGCGAGACCUAUAUAUUGCUCUUCGAAAGGAGUUCAGACUGAUAUGACAGGGAAUCAGAUGAAAGCUUUAGAAUCACGAUCUGUAUCAGAUAUAGAACAGAAAGACAGUCGAAUUGAUGAUCUAGUAAGGCAAAAUGAUGAAAUUAGAAGACAGUUAACAGCUCAACAGAAAUUAUUAGAAAAGCAUAAAGAAAAUUUACAGAAAUGUUUAGAAGUUAAUAAAUCUUUACUUAUAGAAAAGAGUGAACUAGUGAAAAAGACGACUCGACAAAAGUGUAUGGAAAACAGACUUCGUUUAGGCCAAUUCGUUACCCAGAGACAAGGUGCUCAGUUUGUAGAAAAUUGGGUUGAUGGUUGGGCCUUUACUGAUUUAAUGAA